CUCUUGCAGUCGUCCAGGCCAGCGAAGAUGGCGGCGGAGAGGGAACCUCCUCCGCUGGGGGACGUGAAGCCCACCGACUUUGAGGAGCUGGAGGACGGAGAGGACCUGUUCACCAGCACGGUCUCCACCCUGGAGCGAUCUCUGUAGCUGAGUGUUCCUGUUUUUGUCAAAGGAAACACCAUGACUGUGUUGGCCCGCCAACUUUCUCUAGCCACAUUUGAAUUGCUUUACAUUGGAUGAGCGCACAUGCACCGGAAAUCCUAAUUUUAAGCAUUCAAGUCCGUCGUCUCCCGAACCAGCCAGUCUUCCUGCAGAAGAUAUUAGUGCAAACUCCAAUGGCUCCAAACCUGUAGAAGUCAUGCUAGACGAUGACAGAGAAGAUCUUUUCGCAGAAGCCACAGAAGAAGUUUCGUUGGACAGUCCAGAAAGAGAGCCUAUCCUCUCCUCUGAUCCUUCUCCUGCAGUCACUCCUGUCACGCCUACUGCACUCAUUGCUCCUAGAAUCGAAUCCAAGAGCAUUUCUGCUCCAGUGAUCUUUGAUAGAUCCAGGGAAGAGAUUGAAGAAGAAGCAAAUGGAGAUAUUUUUGAUAUAGAAAUUGGUGUGUCAGAUCCAGAAAAAGUUGGUGAUGGCAUGAAUGCUUACAUGGCAUAUAGAGUAACAACAAAGACUUCCCUUUCCAUGUUCAGUAAGAGUGAAUUUUCAGUCAAAAGAAGAUUCAGUGACUUUCUUGGUUUGCAUAGCAAAUUAGCAAGCAAAUAUUUACACGUUGGUUACAUUGUGCCACCAGCUCCAGAAAAGAGUAUAGUAGGUAUGACCAAGGUCAAAGUAGGUAAAGAAGACUCAUCAUCCACCGAGUUUGUAGAAAAACGAAGAGCAGCACUGGAGAGGUAUCUUCAGAGAACAGUGAAGCAUCCAACCUUGCUUCAGGAUCCUGACUUAAGGCAGUUCUUGGAAAGCUCAGAGCUGCCAAGAGCAGUUAAUACACAGGCUCUGAGUGGAGCAGGAAUAUUGAGGAUGGUGAACAAGGCUGCCGACGCUGUCAACAAAAUGACAAUCAAGAUGAAUGAAUCGGAUGCAUGGUUUGAAGAAAAGCAACAACAAUUUGAGAAUCUUGACCAGCAACUUCGGAAACUCCAUGCCAGUGUUGAGGCCUUGGUUUGUCAUAGAAAAGAACUUUCAGCCAACACUGCUGCCUUUGCUAAGAGUGCUGCCAUGCUAGGUAAUUCUGAGGAUCACACUGCCCUGUCUAGAGCCUUGUCUCAGCUUGCAGAGGUUGAGGAAAAGAUAGACCAGUUACAUCAAGAACAAGCUUUUGCCGACUUUUACAUGUUCUCAGAACUUCUUAGCGACUACAUUCGGCUCAUUGCUGCAGUGAAAGGUGUGUUUGACCAUCGGAUGAAAUGCUGGCAGAAAUGGGAAGAUGCUCAAAUUACUUUGCUCAAAAAACGUGAAACUGAGGCAAAAAUGAUGGUUGCUAACAAACCAGAUAAAAUUCAACAAGCUAAAAAUGAAAUAAGAGAGUGGGAGGCGAAAGUACAACAAGGAGAGAGAGAUUUUGAGCAGAUCUCUAAAACAAUUCGAAAAGAAGUGGGAAGAUUUGAGAAAGAAAGAGUGAAAGAUUUUAAAUCUGUUAUCAUCAAGUACUUGGAGUCAUUAGUACAAACACAGCAACAGCUGAUAAAGUACUGGGAGGCAUUCCUACCUGAAGCUAAAGCCAUUGCCUAGCGAUAAACGUUAUCCCUGUUAAGGAGACAUUGGAUUCCUCAGUGAGAUCAUCUAGAAACCAUCUAAAUAAACCACUAUAUAUUUUAUGAAUUACAUGUGGUUUUUUUUAUAUAUAAAGACAUAUGCGCUGACAUUUUAUCACCAGCUGCAUGUCCUGACCCUCUUUGAAUUCAGUGGACUGUGGCAUGACAUUCUGCAGUAUUUUGCUGAAUUGAACACUAUUGUGUCUUAAAUAAUUGCACUAAAAAGUGCACCGCAAGGCCAGAAAAUUUUACAAUCUUUUUUCUUUUAUGUUCUGUAUUAUGUUUACCCUCAUUGUGAAGCAAAUUAGCAAAUGCAUUGAUUAAUGUUCACUUAUACAUUCCUGUACAGAAAUGAUUUUGUGAUUAUAAUAAUAAAAUGAUAUUACUUGUGAAA